AUUUCUUCUUUUUCUCUUUUAGAGAAUAUAUCUCUUUUGAAUUAUUAAGGUGCGUUAUAAACAUUCCCAACAAGCUUUAAAUUUUCAAAUUUUUAAUAUAGAAGAACAAUACAGAAAGAGGAAGAAAAUGGACGGUUGGUCAAGGCUCAUACCCGUUAAUGCCAUCAUGCCCUUCAACGAAAUUUCUUUUGGCUUAAAGUCCAAGAGUCUUAUCACGUCAAAUAAAACAAAUACUCAAACAUGCAUUUUUCCAUGUUACUGGAGCAGAAAGUCAUGAUGAGACUAGAGGAUUUACUCAAAACACUUAUAUAAGUAGCUAAAAAUGGAUAGUGGGUGACCAAUAAAGUGGCACUUCCUACAAGAAGAGAGGAAAUGGAGAGCCAAAACCAGCUUCCACGAGCACAGGAGGAAUCUGGCAGUGGCACCACCUUCCUUAGAACUUGUUUCAAUGGAGUUAAUACGUUAACUGGAGUUGGAAUCCUAUCAAUUCCAUAUGCACUUUCUCAAGGAGGAUGGUUGAGCUUAAUUCUUCUUUUUGUGGUGGCAAUAUUAUGCUGGUAUACAGGGUUACUCCUUCGACGAUGCAUGGAUGCAGAUCCAGUUAUCAAAACCUAUCCAGACAUAGGAGAAAGAGCUUUUGGAUACAAAGGAAGAGCUCUAGUAUCCAUCUUCCUGUAUCUUGAACUAUAUUUAGUAGCAGUAGAGUUCUUGAUUCUAGAAGGUGACAAUCUAAACAAGUUGUUUCCUGAUUUGAUCAGUUUGAAACUAGCUGGACUAAAAAUUGGAGGUAAACGAGGGUUUAUUCUGCUAACAGCCCUUGUAAUCUUGCCAACAACAUGGUUGAGGAGUUUAGGUAUGCUGGCUUAUGUUUCCGCUGGAGGUGUUUUCGCUACUUUUGUGUUGCUUGCUUGUGUUAUCUGGGAUGGUGCUGCUGAUGGUGUUGGGUUCCAUGAAGGAGAUGUGCUUUGGAACUGGGGUGGUUUGCCUACUGCUAUAAGUUUGUUUACCUUCUGUUAUUGUGGUCAUGCUGUUUUCCCGAUAUUAUGUAAUUCCAUGAAAGAUAAAAGCCAAUUUUCUAAGGUUUUACUUGUUUGCUUUAUCACAAGUACCAUCACCUAUGCACUAAUGGCAGUUCUGGGUUACCUUAUGUAUGGAGAAUAUUUGAAGUCUCAAGUGACAUUAAACCUUCCUAUAAGAAAAGUCAGUGCAAAAAUAGCUAUAUACACUACUCUGAUUAAUCCCCUGACAAAGUAUGCAGUUGUCACUGCUCCAAUUGCUAACGCUAUCGAAGACACAUUUCGUCUCAACAGCACCAAACCUCUAAGUAUUCUUAUAAGAACUGCAAUUAUGAUCAGUGUUUUAGCGGUGGCAUUAACUAUCCCAUUUUUCGGCUAUAUGAUGGCUUUUAUUGGCGCUUUUUUGAGUAUCUCUGUUUCGAUGUUGUUACCAUGCCUCUGCUACCUUAGGAUUAACAAAGCUGCUCGAAUUUUCGGGUUUGAGCUGGUGGUAAUUGCGGGGAUAUUGAUAUUUGGGCUUUUUGUUGGCCUAGCAGGUACAUACACUUCUCUCAAACAAAUAAUAACCCAUCUCUGACACUAUCCAUGGUGUUAAGCUGAUUGACAAUCAGAUCAUCAACACUGAUGUAAUUAUGAUCAGCAUUGAAGAAAGUUUGUGCUAGUUGAGGCUUUUGCUAAGUAUAGAAGAAUAAAAUACUGCAUAUUUUUGUAUGAAGAGCGAUAGGAAAAAAAUACAUUAACUGUAUUUCUCCAUGAUCGCUUGUG